AUGGACUCGAUACGUGUUUCCAAGGUAGAACAUGUCUCUUGCACCAAGUCCGGAUCCACCGUAACCGGCACGAUUCAUCUUACGGCCCACCACCUCAUCUUUCAGUAUGACGAAGGCAAAGAGAAGGAACUUUGGACAAUCCAGGGCCAGAGCCCUUUGACAUUCAAUUCACGAACUUUCGAGACUUUUACAGUGUCCUUUCCAAGGGACUCUGAUUCUACAGAUGUUUUUGAAAGCGUGAAAGAGCUCACAGUAACAACAUCUGUCCAGCAACUAUACGCAUUUUUCUAUACCCCAAAACCUCCGUUCACACUAACGGAUGGGUGGAAUUUGUAUUCUUCGCGAGAAGAGUUUGGUCGCAUGGGGGUCGGGACGCGAUCCAAGGCUUGGAGAUUCACGGACGUCAACAAGGACUACUCUUUUUGCCCUACAUAUCCUGCAAGACUAGUCGUCCCAACAAGAAUCAGCGACACUACUCUCCAAUAUGCGUCAAAGUAUAGGAGCAAAUGUCGAAUACCAGUCCUCAGUUAUCUUCACUGGUCGAAUUACGGAAGCAUAACUCGGUCGAGUCAGCCCAUGGUUGGAAUCACACAGAAUAGAUCCGUCCAAGACGAGAAGCUAAUCGAAGCAAUUUUCCAAUCACAUCAUUCGCCUGAAUCUCGAACAUCAAAGGUCCCAGUUUAUGGUGCAAUGGCAACCAAUCUUAUCAUUGAUGCUCGUCCAACGACUAACGCUAUGGCGAAUACUGCCAAAGGCGCCGGUACAGAGAAUAUGGAUCAUUACAAAGAAGGAAAGAAGGUCUACCUUGGAAUUGAUCAUAUUCACACAAUGCGAGAAUCUCUGGCGAAGGUCGUAGAGGCAUUGCGGGAAGCGGAAGCUACUUUAGCGAGUAUCAGCACCGAUCUCUCAAGCCAGGUUUCGGGUAUAUCCGUUUUGGACAGACAAGCUCUUCGUCGCUCUGGUUGGCUCCGUCAUAUAUCGGCCAUACUGGAGGGCACAACUCUGAUCGCUCGAAACGUCCACGUUAACUCCUCUCACGUUUUGAUUCAUUGCUCCGAUGGAUGGGAUCGUACUUCACAGCUCUCCUCGCUUGCUCAGCUCUGUCUGGAUCCUUUCUACCGCACCAUGCGUGGAUUUGAAAUCCUCGUGGAAAAGGACUGGUUGUCAUACGGACAUAAAUUUUUGGAUCGCUGCGGGCACCUCUCCUCUGACAAAUUCUUCAUCUCAGCACUUGAAAACGUAAAUACUGGUAGUGGCGCAGAUGCAGCGCAGGCGUUCUUGGCGUCCAUGCAAAACCGAUUUACGUCGCAGAAUCACAUCAAAGAGACCAGCCCGGUCUUCCAUCAGUUCUUGGAGUCAGUCAGACAAAUCCAGCGCCAAUUCCCGGAACGUUUUGAAUUCAACGAACGAUUCCUCCAUCAGCUCUACUACCAUCUUUAUUCAUGCCAAUUCGGCACUUUCCUUUUCAAUUGCGAGAGGGAGCGUAGCGUGGGAGACGGUGAUGGGCCACCUCCUUGCGAACGUACAGUCAGUGUUUGGGAUUUCUUCAAUUCGCCCAGCCAGACAGAGCAAAACCGGAACACUCUAUACGAUCCUUCCUUCGAUGACCCUAUGAAUCGAGACCCGAAUGCAGACAUGGGCGUUCUCUUUCCCAACCCUAAGGAUGUCAGAUUUUGGCAUGAGCUUUAUGGGCGUACAGACGAAGAAAUGAAUGGCAGGUUGAUUUUGGCACAAGCGCUGGAGGUAGACGCAGCUGUUGGAAGCAUCCAGGACAAUCCGAUCCAAAGCUCUAAUACCCCUUCUUCCAUUCCACUGCCGCCCUCUCCAUCCAAAUCACCUGCGCGCUCUUUAGUACCGUCUCGCUCGACGAGCAUAUCUGUCGCGCCAGGAAGUGCAUCAUCGAUUCCGCCGUCUUCUGCUGUUCCGAUAACAGACUCAUUUCCACUUCCUGGACCUCCAUCUCCGGUAGACAGCUUCAAGCCCUUCGGUGCGUCCACAUCUGCCAUCUCCAUGAAACCCGCCAGCGUCUCUACAACUCCCUCAUCUUUUUCAAAUCGCGUAGCAUCGAAGUCGCAAGAUUUCUUUGGGAGUAGCGGGGUGAAAUCCGUAUGGGGAAAACUCUCGUCUAACGCUUCCGCGGCAUUCUCAGCGGUACAGGAGGCUUAUGUGGGCUUAUCCCAAGAUCCCCGAGGAGACGAUACGAAGACGGAGGAGUUACGUGGGAGGGAUAAUCUUGACAAUUGGGGAGAAACGAAACCGACUCAGUCAGUGGUUACCCAUACAAUCAAUCCUUGGUCGACGGUGCCUUCAAGCACGUCUUGGCCUGCCCUUCCCUCACCAUUCGACAACCCUUGGGGUUCCACUCGUGGGUCCUCACUGAAAGAAUCAGAAUCGUUGAACCCUUCAAGUUCUCUUCCCUUAGACCCUACUAUAUCCCCUGCUUUGCGCUCCCCACUCCCCCGCGGUGUCGUCGAAGAGAACCUUGGUAAUCCGACCUUGGCUGGGUCCUCACCAAAAGCCCGAGAGAGCACGCCACCCCUGCAAGCGUCAAACAAUGGUAAUACAGAUCCCCUUGGCGUUGGUAUAUUUUAG